ACUGAGCACGAUGAUACUGAACAAGAGAACACAGAAUGAGAACAUUGAACAUGAGAACACUGAACACAACAAUAUUGACAUGAGAAAACUGAACAAAAGAACAUUACACCUGUUAUAUGAAGAAGCCUUGUACACCUUUAUUCAUCGCAGUGGUAAGCCCUCAGUAUCCCACAGUGCAGACGAGAAUGAGCUCCUUAAUUACCUGCAGAAUGCUUUCCAAGUGAACCAAGAAGAACACACAGUUUUUCUGAGGCAGAUCAGGCAGCUAAAGCCACCCACUGUGUUCCUGAAGUUAAUAGUGAAGGAAGCCCAGGGAAUCUUGGCCAAAGAUGCAAAUGGCUUCAGCGAUCCUUAUUGUUUGUUGGGGGUGAUGGUUCCCGAAGAGCAUCAAGAAGAAGAGGCCAACAAAGCAGACAGUCCCCUGCCCAGAAGACGACAGAAAGCCAUUGUGAAAGAUUCAAUCCCUCAGGAUCAAAUUCAGAGAACAGAGGUUAAAAAGCAAACCCUGAACCCCAUUUGGAAUGAAACAUUUCUCCUGCAAGUCAAGGAUUUCCAUCACUCUCAACUACACAUGGACAUGUGGGACUCGGAUGAUGAUGCAUCUGUGAAACACCGACUGGGGGAGAUCCAUGGCAUUGUUGGACUCAAGAGGAUUUUGAAAGAUGUGAAAAAGGCUGCUCGAAAGCAUGAACAGGACGAUUUUCUGGGAAAUGUGAUCAUUAAACUACAGGAUCUGCCCUAUACUCCUGAAGAUAAAUGGUAUUCUCUGGGACCUUGUACUGAGACCUAUCCUGAUCGUGGGAAGUGUCAUCUCCAGCUGAAACUUAUCCAUGAAGAGAGGGACACCUCACUGAGCAAGCAAGAGCCCGUGUUUCGAAUCCAUCGCAAUCUGCUGCAACAGUUUGUACAGUAUGAUAGGCUGCAGAAGCAGGUACAGACAUUUGGGAUGGUGGAUGAAAUGCACAUGGCUAGCAGUGGCGCAAGUAGGAAAAAGCACGUGGGCAAUUUCGGAGAGAGAGCCGAGUCCGAGACUGAGGAAGAAAUUGUGAAAUCGCUGGUGACACUCAUAGAAUACCUAAAUAAUGAUCUGUUGAACGACCGGAAAAAACGGAUGAAGAUUUUCAUGGGCACUAUCAAAGUGAAUCUGUUCCAUAUCACCUACUUGCAGUUCCAGGAAUUGGUUGCUGAGGAUCUGCAGGAACAAGUGAUAAAUAUUGGAUCUGGCAAGUCCAAGGCAACUGUUGAGGGUCUAUUCCAGCUCUUCCAGAAGCUCAAACAGCUACAGCAUCAACGGAUUUACUUAGUACCAGAUGACCGUCCUCUUCCAUUGGAUGGCUUCCACAAUUGGUUCAGCGAAUCUUUACCCAAGUGGUUGCAAAUGGUGUAUGACAAUUCGGUGGAGAUGGUUCAGCGGGCUGUGUGGAAAGAUCAGCUGGAGUGUAUGGGGGAAAAGAAUAAACACAGUACCUCUGUUGUGGAUAUUGGAACCUGCUUCGCCAAGAUCAAACACACUUGGACUGAGCUGAGUUGGCCAGAACCUGAGGAAGCUUUUGUCAUCAUGGUCAAGCUAACAGAGGACAUGUGCAAGAUUGCAUUAAUGUACUGUCGGCUAAUUGAAGCGAGGGCAGAAGAGCUAUCAGUCAAGCACUAUCAAGUACACGCAAGUGAUUCAGACAUCCAUGGAGUGAGGUCACUACAAUUAUGCGUGGUACUCAAUAACAUGAAGCAGCUGUGGGAGGUUAUCUCCAAGCUUCCAGAUGAACUGGACUGGCAAGGCCUGAAGGAAGACACAGCCGACAUGAUUCCAGAGGACCAGAUCCAAAGCACACUGCAUACUCAACUGGAAACGUUCAAUAGCUCAAUCAACAACAAGAUCAAGGGGGUGAUCCAAACCCUUGCACAGAAGUUGCAAGCCGACAUAAAGAUUCACAUCCACAACCUGUCAGCAUCCAGUGACGCCGUUCCAUUGGAUGAUAUGAUUGUUCCUUUAAUGAGCUUCCUGGAAACUGAGUUUGCAUACAUGGACACCAACCUAGUGCAAGAAAAUUUUCAAAGCCUUCUAGGUUACCUUUGGACGGAUAUAAUCGACAUCAUCUACUCAACUUCACGUCAAGGUGGUGUUUCUCGGAGGUUUUAUUUGAAGCUAAACCAUGCUUUGGAGAACCUGCUGUACUGUUUCCAUGCUGAGGGAAAUGGUUUGCCACUUAAUGAACUACAGACCACCAGUUUCAAGGAUCUGAAGGCUCACCUGUCUCUGAAUGCAGCAAGCACUCAUGAGCUAAUCCAGAAGUUUUAUACAAAGAAAAUCCAACAACAGACUACUGAUGAAUGUUCCAAGUAUGGUGCCGUGACUAUAAAAGCCUGGUACGACAAUGAAGGGAAAAGGCUCCAUGUGGAAAUCCUAAAUGCUGUUAACCUCAUGCCACUGGAUUCCAAUGGGACCAGUGAUCCUUUUGUGGAACUGACUCUGGAGCCUAAGUACACCUUCCCACUGGUAGAGAGCAAAACAACGAGACGCAUUGAUAAUGAUCUCAACCCACUCUUCGAUGAGGCUUUUGAGUUCAGCAAUGUUACUUCAGAGCAGUGUCGGCGAGAGGGGGCCUGCCUACUUAUCACUGUGUUUGAUCAUGAUACUUUGCUCAGUGAUGAUCUAGAAGGGGAAGCUUACUUCUCUUUGCAAGACAUCCCAGGACUGGACAGCACUGAGGAACCUCUCAACAUCAUCAAAGUUCCUCAGAGCCGAUUGGCACUCAGCCAUCCAAAACCAAAUGAAGACAACAUACUGAAGUUAUUAGAGGCACGAAAAGGAGAUAGAGAUGCUCAGGCAUUUGUCAAAAUACGAAGACAACGGGAAAGGAAGUCAAAGGAAAGAUAAAAAUUGCUGCAACCUCAAGUCCUAACACUGGAAGGAAUCCGAAGCACUGGACUUUCAGGCACCUCAUCUCCUUCAUUCUGUAACAUUGAUGCACAAAUGCUUGAGACUGACUAAUACCCCACAGCCAGCAUUAGGCUUUAAUGAAAAAUUGUGAGCGGCAUGAGUGGUUUAGCAUUAUGUGUGUAUGAAGGUCUGGGAUCAAGUCAACCCAUUUCCCCACCUGUCUUGCUGUGUUAGUGAAGACAAGUCCUGCCGUGAGAUUCUCACUGGCUAUUUUUGGGGCCUCAUGCUAUUGGUUUCUUCCCUGAAAGCUCCUUGAAUUUUUUUUGUCUUGUGCUGUUCCUUUCGAUUUCUCAGACUCCUGGAGUGAAAAUUGGGAUUGUCUGCACUUGUUUUUGUGUUGUGAUCUCUGAAAUGGCAUCUGAAGUGUGCAUGCACAGAUCCUUGUACUGGACUCCAUACUGGUGAGGGCAUUCAUGUGCAGAGUGAAAGCCAGCUGGACAUACGCAGAGCAGACUGAUUCGAUAUUAGUGGUGCCGUUUUGGAGCUCAAUAGACUACCAGUGUCUUCAGCCAAACAUGCACUUGUGUUUAGUUUGUGUUUUUGUCAUUUUAUUUAAUGCAAGAUUUGUGUUUGCCUCCAGGUUUUCAGACUUUAUAUAGGCUUGGUCUUGAGUGAAAUCUAUGCCCUCCUUCAGCACAUGGCUUCAGGCUGAAUUUCAGUGAUGCUUAGGGAGUGCUGCAAUACUGGCAGUGUUAUACUUCAUACAAAAUGUGAAAAUUCCCAAAGCACUUGCUGACCACGAGUUCUCCCUGGUUUCCUGGCUAAUAUUUAUCCCUUGACCAACUCCUGAAAACAGAUUAUCUGCUUAUUUUGUUGUAAUGUGGGAUCUUGCGUGCGAAUUAACUGUUACCUGUCCAACUUUGCAGCAGUGAGUACGUUUCAAAAGUAUUUCAGUGACUGUAAAUCACUUUCAGACGUUCUGGAUCAUGAAAGCUGUUACAUAAAUGCAAAUCUGUCUGUACCUCAUUACUAUUUGUUGGACCCUUCUGUGUGCAAAAUUGUAUGAGACAAUUCUGAAAGGGGCAGGAAGGUUUUCAAAGUGUACCAUAUUGUAGGAGUUCUCUUUAUGCAUUAGGGUUGACUUUAUGAAUAUGUGCUCUGAGUAAUCCAUGCUCAUCUGGAAAACAAGAUAUUGUGGAGAAUAUGUUGUGAUUUCUACACAGAUACUGCUAGUGCUGAGGCUCCCUGUUGGGACUCUAGGUUCUCAAAAUGGCCCUCUAAAGCCAUCUGACCUACAGACUUGGACAGUCCUUGUCUAAGGCAUUAGGGAUGGAUUAAUAUCACUGACAAAAAUACUUUAUUUCUCAAAUAAGACACAUACCUCAGUUAAAAUUCCUCUUGUGCCAACUACAAACAUUGAGUAAAUUGGAAUUUUUAGCAAUUAAAUCUUUGCAUCUUCUUUAUCUCUGUGCUUUCUGGCGUAUUUGUUGAGUUACACUUGACAGUUGCUGAAAUAAUGAUAUCCACCCAACAGCUCUCCGGGAAGUUGAACAUAUUCUAUUCCAGCUCUUUGCCUUUCCUUUACCACUGCCCACAGGGCUGGUUCCCAAGCACGGAAAGGGGACUAAUAUCUUAAAGGUGACAAUCUGAACCUGAGUAACUAUAGGUCUAUUAAUUUGACAUCAGUUAUCAGAAAAAUACUUCAGAAACAUUAGAGCUGCAAUAAGUGGUUGCCUAGCUGGAGACAUCAAAUAUGCAUUGUAAGAAAAAGUCAAGACUUACAAAUUGAUUGCAAAUUGAUCUGGAUUGGGAACUGGCUGGGAGGGCAUAGUGGUGAUGGAUGGAUUCAGAUCAUGAUGGAUCAUCAGUGGUGUCACUGAGGGAUCAGUAUUUGGGCUGUUGGUUUAAUAAUGAUGUAGAGGUAUGUGUUGGUGGCAGAAUCUGCAAAUUUACAGAUGAUGCAAAGAUCUGUGUGAGUGUUAACAUUGCGUACAGAGCUGAAGUGCUACAAGCUGAGUUUAACAUGUUUAUGUUUUGGGGAUUGAUCUCUGACUGGUAAAUGAUGAUGUUUAAUUUGCAAGUGUGCAUUUUGUGUGGCCAGGGCAAAUGCUGAAGUUAGUGGCUGUUCUCAUUCAUGUAGAGUAGUGGGUGCAUUCACUGUUCUUAAUUGGAGUCAUAGAGUCAUACAGCAUGGAAAUGGGCCACAUUUGGAGUACUGCAUACAGUUCUGGUUGCCUUGCUAUAGGAAGGAUGUUAUUAAACUUGG